GCCGUCAUGCACUCUCAGGGCAGCGACUACCUGGACAUCGGCCACAACCCUCGCGUGGGCACGAAGCGCUACAUGGCGCCGGAGGUGCUGAGCGAGCAGAUCCGCACCGACUGCUUCGAGUCCUACAAGAAAACGGACAUCUGGGCCUUCGGCCUGGUGCUGUGGGAGAUCGCGCGGCGCACGGCCGUCAAUGGCAUGGUGGAGGAGUACCGCCCGCCCUUCUUCGAUGCGGUGCCCAGCGAUCCCAGCUUCGAGGACAUGAAGAAGGUGGUGUGCAUCGAGCAGAGGACCCCCACGGUGCCCAACCGCCUCUUCUCCGACCCGGUGAGACUUCGGACCCCCCUGGGGGGCAAUGGGGACACGAACCCAGGUGGCGCUGGGGACGCUGGCAGCAGAGGGACCCCCUAAAAUUGCCCCCCAAACCCUUUGGGGAACCACAGCACACUGUUCCCCCCAAAAGGCUCUCGCCCCACGGCUGGGGGGUCUGCAUGCAGCAGGGUUGUGCCCCCAGGACCCCCCAUCCCUCCUUUGCACCUCAGGACCUCCCAUCCCACCUCUUUU